AUGAAAGCGGGAGUGGUGCAUUGCCGUUGUUCAAAGUGCUUCUCGGUGCCGUCAAAGCGGCGCAUACGAAAGCGAGUGUCGGCCUUGACGCUGCUCUCCCUGCCCGACGAAGUCCUGCUGUGUGUGCUCCAGUGCCUGUCGGCCGAGGACCUGCUGUCCGUCAGAGCUGUGCAUUCCAGACUCCGUGACAUCAUCGACAGCCACUCGAGCGUCUGGGCCCGGGUCAGCUUUAAGGACAGCUGGCCCGCCCCUGACAGCAUCUGGCUUUUUGAGAGAGCGGCGGAGAAGGGGAACUUCGAAGCAGCUGUAAAACUGGGCAUUGCCUACUUGUACAACGAAGGACCGUCGCUGAGUGACGAGGGUCGUGCGGAAGUGUGCGGCAGGAAGGCGGCCUGGUUCUUCGGCCUGGCGGAGAGCCUGCGCUCAGCUGCGGCCGGUCCCUUUGUCUGGCUCUUCAUCCGGCCGCCGUGGUCCCCCUCCGGGAGCUGCUGCAAGGCGGUGGUGUAUGACUGGCUCAAGACAGAGUGCAACGCCCAUACGAAGAAGAGGGGAUCCUUGCUGCACUGUCUGGCCCGAAUCCUUCAGCUCUUUGAUGCCGAGGAGAAGCGGAGCGAGGCGCUGUCCAUGUUGGCCGAGUCGUCCAAUCACGGCUGCCUGCAGAGCUCCUACCUGCUGUGGGAACAUCAGCGAACGAUGGCGGUGUCCGACCCCGGCAGGUACCUCCAGUGCCUGCGUGCGCUCAGGGACUACGCGGCCAAGGGGUGCUGGGAGGCGCAGCUGGCCCUGGCCAAGCUGUGCAGCAGUGGGAACCCCCUGGGCCUGGAGCCGCGGGCCUGCGCCGACCUGGUGACCCAGCUCUUCCGGACUUCCUCCCCGCCCCACCGCCGCGCCCAGGACCUGCUCCGCCGGGGGAUCAACGACACCAUGAGGUACAUCCUGGUAGACUGGCUGGUGGAGGUGACCACCAUGAAGGACUUCUCGAGCCUGGCGCUGCACGUGACGGUGAGCUGCGUGGACCGCUACCUGGCGCUGCACUCCGUGCCCAAGUCCCGUCUGCAGCUCCUGGGCAUCGCCUGCAUGGUGGUCUGCACCCGCUACAUCAGCAAGGACAUCCUGACCAUCCGAGAGGCGGUGUGGCUCACAGACAACACCUACAAGUACGAGGACCUGGUGAGGAUGAUGGGGGAGGUCAUCUCUGUGCUGGAGGGCAGGAUCCGGACCCCCACUGUGCUGGACUACGGCGAGGUGCUGCUGUCGCUUCUGCCCGUGGAGAGGCGCAGUGCGCACCUGUACAGCUACGUCUGCGAGCUGUCGCUGCUCUACACCUCCCUGACCCUGCUGACCCCGGCCCAGCUCGCCAGCGCCGCCCUGCUGCUCACCCGCGCCUUGCACCACCACGCUCCUGUGUGGCCGGCCCAGCUGGCGGAGAACACCGGCUUCUCCCGCGAAGACCUGGUCCCCCACGCGCUGCAGCUCUACGUGAAGUGCUUCAACGAUGACGUGCCGAGGGACUACAGACAAGUGUCCCUCACCGGGGUGAAGCAGAGGUUUGAGGACGAGGCCUACCAACAGAUCAGCAAAGAGAAGGUGAUGGAGCUUGGGGAGCUGUGCCAGGUGCUGGAGGUGUCGGAGUGGGAGCAGCAGGUGUUCGGCCCAGAGGCCCCCUGUCUUGCCCCCCAGGCUGCCGAAAUUCACACCUUCCUCUCCUCCCCGGCCGGCAACAGCAAGAGGCGUCGAGAGGACGGCAUGGAGUCUCACAGAGGCAGCUUCCUGGCCACACCCACAGCUGAGUUGUCCAAUCAGGAGGAGACGCUGCUGGGGGACAUCCUGGACUGGAGUUUGGACACUUCGUGCUCUGGAUACGAGGGUGACCAGGAGAGCGAAGGGGAGCGGGAAGGCGAGGCUGCGGCGACUCCCAUGAUACACCUGGAGCUGGCAUGUCGACCCGAGGAUGGCCUGCAGCACUGCCGCGCCCUGUCCAGUGACGACGACAGCUUCUGUGACCCGAACGAGGACGAAGAGGAGGAAGAGGAAGGAGGCAGCUGCUCCUGGUCGUCGGGGAGGGGAGGGCGGGCGUGGUCGGCGAGGACACAGGCCGACCUCCACAGCUCAGGCUACUCCUCCGUCCAGAGCACCAGCCCGCCCCCAACCCUGGCGUCCCGGGCCCCGCCCCCACGGAGACAGGUGAAGAGGAAGAAUGGGGCGGAGCACAGCGGCGAGGAGGCGAAGGAGGAAGAGGAGGAAGAUGACGCUGCCAACACGGGCUUCCUCGUCCUGUAGAGCGCUGGCUGAACCCCAGCCUCUCCCCUCCUCUCGCGCAGAGCACUUUGCGGAAGCCCUUUAUUUCAGUCCACGAGAGGAUCGGUUGCGCGUGCAAAACUGACAUUCUUUAAUCUGCCCGGAGCUUUAAACAAAUGAAUAAAAGGAGCAAUCCUAAUUGAAAUGUGCCAUCCUCAACCAGUUACUUUUCCUCUGCACAUUUCAGGUUCACUUGCUGGCUCAGUGCGCUCCGAGUUACCCCCUGAAUUCAGCAGUCUCGUAAAAUCCAAGGGCUGGAUUUUCAAUGGUACGCAAACCACUGGAAGGAGAUCUGUCCUCUGGCAAGAGUUUGGUGUGAUAUCACAUUCAUCUCUGCACCUCUGAAGUGCAUUCUGACUGUUGCAACAACCUAGCUCAGAUGUUCACCGACCUUCAAUGCAAAA